AUGAUAAUAGUAGAGGAAAUAUCUCCAAACGACAAGAAAGUUCACGAGACUAUAAAAAUUAGAAUCAAUAAUAUUUCCAACGUUUGGACAAGAUAUCUCGGAUUAUUUUCCUCUAGACUACCAAUAUUAAAGGAACUCGAUAAGAAAAUAAGCGUUUCUUAUUCAUGGCAAAAUAUAACCAAAGCUAACACCACCUUCUUUGUUUAUAGUAAUAAGGUAUAUGAUCCUUCAAAUGAGGAUAAUUUGUUUGGAAAUGAUAGCGUUACAGAAUGGCUUCGAGGUCUCCUCGGUAAAGAUGCAACAAGAGAGAUUCUUCACACAAGGAGGUAUCAAAAUGUUAAUCUAAUUUUAAAGCAGGAAACGUUCAAGUUCAUUUCCGCUAUAGAAUUUGAUUGGUUUCUAUCAUGGCAGCUUGCACAAAUUAUUAAUGGUAAUCGCAGAUGGGACAUAACCGGACCAGAUAACGAUAAAACAACUCCGGAGAUAUGCGAGGAUUUAAUUGAACCAUUCAAUUUAUCUAGUUUCGAUUUAGCCAUAGGAAAGAUGGCACACCAGAAGAACGAAAAAGGGCUUAAAUCCGGUAAACGAGAUUCACAGCUUAUAUUAAUGGAAUGGCUUAGCAAUAUAUUUUUUAACGAACAAACGCUAGUAAUGAAGGAUAGUGUUAGUAGGAUGGUGGCAGUGAUGGAACGUGAUCCAACGGUUAUGGGACUUUGUGGAGAAACGAAAAUAGCGAAUAAGAAACGAGUUGGGUUACAAUGA